AUGAAGAUUUCAGUGACCAUACAUUCCGUAGCGGGUUUCCAGGGGCAUACGGGUCUGUUUAACAAGUCGGACUUGUAUGUCGAGUGCCACUACGGCACCUUCCACUCGUGGCAUACUAAGACUGCCAAGGACGCUGGUUCUAGCGCCGACUUUGAGGAGACGUGGAGUUUCGAUGUGAACGAGAGUCAUUCGGAAUUCACGAUCAAAGUCCGGGAUGCCAGACAUUUGCGACUUGACGAGACGCUAGCCGAGGGCGCUUUCAAGUUCGAACAAAGACCUGGCUUCUAUUACUCGGGGGAGAUCGGAUUAGUGGACGAGAAGCAUGGCGAUGAACCGUCAGUGAGGUUGACUGUUAAGUGUGAAGAAUAA